AUGUCCUCCGCAAGGGAUAUCAAUCUACCCCAAGAUGACCUAGCCCACCGAGUGUCCCGCAGUCUCGGUCUAUCAACUUCUCCCGCAGCCCCCAUCGCUUCUGCUGCCUCCAGCUUUGGCUUCUCAGCUGCUGUUCAUAGCACUGCUGCUUCGGUUGCUGCUGCCGCCUCUGCCGCAAAGCACUUGAAGCCCUUUGCUACUGAAGACAUUAAGAUUUUGCUGUUGGAAAAUGUCAACCAGACGGGUCGUGACAUUCUCGCUGCUCAAGGAUACCAGGUCGAAUUCUUGAAGACUUCGUUACCGGAAGAUCAGCUCAUUGAAAAGAUCAGAGAUGUCCAUGUCAUCGGCAUUCGUUCAAAAACACAACUCACCGCACGAGUCCUCAAGGAAGCGAAGAACCUAAUCGUCAUCGGCUGCUUUUGCAUUGGAACAAACCAGGUCGAUUUGAAGUUUGCUGCUGACAAUGGAAUUGCUGUGUUCAACUCGCCCUUCAGCAACUCCCGCAGUGUCGCCGAGUUGGUCAUUGCUGAGAUUGUCGUUCUAGCCCGUCAACUCGGUGACCGCUCAAAUGAGAUGCACAAUGGUACCUGGAACAAGGUUAGCAACAAGUGCUGGGAGGUUCGUGGCAAAACACUCGGAAUUGUCGGAUACGGUCAUAUCGGUUCCCAAUUGUCCGUGUUGGCUGAAGCAAUGGGUAUGAACGUCAUUUACUACGAUGUCGUGAACUUGAUGGCCAUGGGCACAGCUCGGCAAGUCCCUACACUCGACGAUCUUCUCCGUGAAGCCGAUUUCGUCACCCUCCAUGUUCCCGAGAUUCCCGAAACCCAGCGCAUGAUCGGCACAAAGCAAUUCGAACAGAUGAAAACCGGAAGCUACUUGAUCAAUGCAAGCCGUGGAAGUGUGGUGGAUAUUCCUUCCUUGAUCGAGGCAUCACGCGCCGGAAAGAUCGCCGGUGCUGCUCUUGACGUCUAUCCGAACGAGCCUGCUGGAAACGGCGAUUACUUCCAAAACGAUCUCAACAGCUGGGCCAAGGAUCUUCGCAGCUUAAAGAACAUUAUUCUUACACCUCACAUUGGAGGAAGUACCGAAGAGGCCCAGAGCGCCAUUGGUAUUGAAGUUGCCCAGGCUUUGGUCAAAUACGUCAACGAAGGCUCAACCCUUGGAGCAGUCAACUUGCCAGAAGUCAAUCUUCGUUCAUUGACGAUUGAUGAGCCUGAUCAUGCCCGAGUCGUCUAUAUUCACCAGAACGUGCCUGGUGUGCUCCGAAAAGUCAACGAAAUCCUUGGUGAUCACAACGUUGAUAAGCAGAUGACCGAUAGCAGAGACGAUGUUGCCUACCUUAUGGCUGAUAUCAGCAAUGUCGACACACCAACCAUCAAAGACCUUUAUGCGGCGUUGGAGAGCCUUUCAUCUCGUAUCAGGACACGUAUUCUCUAUUAG